ACCGCCGCGGCGUGUGUCGACCGCAGAAGCGGAGACUCGCCCCGCACGGCGCAACGCACGCUCCUGAACUCGAAUGACAGCACAUUGGUGACGAGCGACGUGACGCGAACCAAAAAAAAAAAAAAAAAAAAAACGACCCGGUGGGACUGCCAGGCAUCUCGCGUAUAUCCUGACGACUUAGCAGUUCGACGAUUCGAUCUUUUCCAAAGAGGAUUUACUUCUUCACGCGUUUUGCUGGUUUGGUGAACAAUGCCAGCUGACACCAUGGAGAAGCAGACGGCAUCCCCGCUGGCCGGUGCCCCUGCAAACGGAACACACACGCCGGACAAACCCAAAAAUGCCAGCGAGCAUAGAAAAUCAUCGAAACCCAUCAUGGAAAAACGGCGUAGAGCCAGAAUAAACGAAAGCCUUGGGCAGCUCAAGACUCUCAUCCUGGACGCACUUAAAAAAGAUAGCUCCAGGCAUUCGAAGUUGGAGAAAGCAGAUAUCCUGGAAAUGACAGUAAAGCACUUGAGGAACCUGCAGCGUGUCCAGAUGAGCGCAGCACUCUCAGCAGAUGCCACCGUCAUAAGCAAAUAUAGAGCAGGAUUCAACGAGUGCAUGAACGAGGUCACCCGCUUCCUGUCCACCUCAGAGGGGGUGAACACGGAGGUGAGGUCGAGGCUCCUCAACCACCUGUCCAGCUGCAUGGGCCAGAUGAUGUCCAUCAACUACCCGCAGCAGGCCGCGUCCCAGCAGGCGCACCUGGCUCAGCCGCUGCACGUGCAGCUGCCAUCCACCCUGCCCCUCAACGCCGCGGCUCUGGGCUCCAAACUGAGCCCCGCGGAGGCCAUCUCCCCCAAGGUCUUCGGCGGCUUUCAGCUGGUGCCCGCAAGCGAUGGACAGUUUGCAUUUUUGAUCCCCAACCCAGCCUUCUCCUCCGCCACGGCCCCCGUCAUCCCGCUUUACGCAAACGCAGGAGUGCCCGUUACGGUCAACGCCAGUCCGGUGCACGGGGGCUCGGCAUCGACCGCGGCUUCGCCCAUCCACGGCAUGACGUCUUUCUCCGUGGGCUCCCAGGCGGUCAGUCCGGUGGGAGUGAGCGCCGGCUCGGAGGGCAACGAGCCGGUGUGGAGGCCUUGGUAGCGCCGAGGAUAAGAGACUCGUGUCAAACCAGUUUGCAUUACUUUUCCAGUUUAGACUUUUAACUGACUGCACAGCCGACGGUUGUGGGGGUUUAACCUGUGACUUUUUGCGCUACGGGACGGUAACUCUAACCACUUAAUGCCCCCCCCCCUUUGUCAUUGUUUCGUUUUAUGGAACAAGCGAUUUUUUAUUAUAUAUAAUUUAUCAUCUGAUUCCAACAUUUGGAUGUCAGUGAUAAAUAUGCUGUUCUUGUUGAAGAUUUAUAGGAAAAAAGUUUUGUUAUGAAGUACCUUUUAUGAAAAUAUUUUAGAUUUGUACAGAUUUGUUAUUGAUUGUUAUACCAAAGCUGUGUUUUAUAUUCGUUGUUAUUUUGUGUUGAAAAGAAGAAGAAAAAAAAUGAAGUUGGGUGAUGCCCCACCGUUUGAAUAAAUCACUUUUCAGAAGUUAA